AUGUCUGCCUCACCUCGCCUCCCCUGGGAGGUCAUCGAAAGGAUCAUCGGCCACUCUGGCGACUACUGGAGGACUCUUUGCAGCUUGUCCCUUACUUGCAAACAACUCCGCCCUUAUAGCCUCUGGCUCAUGGUUGCUGACGUGACAUUUUCGAGGUCAGAGAAAAUCUUCGCUUUCCGUGACUUCCUCUGCACCCAACCCCAGUUUCGCCCCUUUGUACGGUCAAUCAGCAUGGGUGACCCUACUUAUCUGGCCUUCCACUUGCGCUACCUCCUCCCAAAUGUUACCCAGAUGACGAUGCUCGAUUAUAGCAUUCGGAGAGGAAGUCCGCCGCGGGUCUGCAGUCUUCCUCGAUCGGUGCUGGCAUGCUACCGGACGAUGGGAACACGCAUCGAAACUCUCAGACUCGUCCGUCUAUCCUUUCCGAAUCCGCAAGAGUUCUGCCGAAUGCUGCUAGCGUUCACUGGCCUCAGAACAUUAUCCUGCAAACGGUUGAGUGCCCGAAGCACAACGUGUACCAGCGCAUAG